UAAUAUUUCUUAUGGCGAAAAAAGUAGUUAUUAUUGUUGUCGUAUAAUAACUCCAAUUAAAUAAUGUAGUUCCCUUUAAAUUAGGGUUAUCGCCAAAACUGCCAUCAAUUUAGAGAUCGCUUAACAGCAAGAAUUUGAUACAAGAAUUUUGAAUACAAGAAUUUGUUUUCACUUCUGAUUUGUUGUUGUAAUUUACCCGAACCUCUAGUAUCGGGUGUACCCGGCAGUCAACUACAACAACAAUGCCACCCUUACUUACACCCAGUAAUAGUACCAAUCAACUACCCGCCCAUCAAUUGCUUUUGUCGAUCAGUGGUGACUCCAAGAUCUCAUUACAGCACACAUCAGUUCAACAGUUGUCUGCCAUCCCAGAGGAUCACGAGCUAAUCGAAACAUAUGAACCACCGGAGGAAAUCAUCGAUGACGACGAUGACACUGAACCACAUAUCCUCAUUACAGAUCCGGCACCGGAUGGUGGCUAUGGUUGGGUCAUUGUUAUCGCAUCAUUUCUCUGCAACCUUAUUGUUGAUGGCAUUGCCUAUACGUUUGGUCUAUUUUUCCAAGAGUUUGUUGAGUAUUUCGGUACAACCAAAGGCAAGGUCGCCCUUUGCGGGUCAUUACUCAAUGGAUUUUAUUUGGCUGCAGGUCCUGUAGUCAGUGCAUUGGCCAACAAAUUUGGCUGUCGUUUUGUCACAAUUUUAGGAAGUAUUAUAGCGUUUGUGGCAUUGCUUUUGUCAACAGUUGCGCCCAAUGUUGAGGUCCUAAUGUUAACCUAUGGAGUAAUGGGAGGAAUUGGUUUCGGCUGUAUUUAUUUGCCAGCAAUUGUAUCAGUUGGCUAUUAUUUCACAACUAAGCGCGCAUUGGCUACUGGUUUGGCAGUUUGCGGUUCAGGUGUCGGCGCCUUCCUGUUCGCCCCUUUUACUCAGUAUUUGUUGACUCAAAUGGACUGGAAAAACACUUUAAUGAUUUUAGCCGCACUGGCCCUCCACUGUUCAGUGUUCGGGGCACUCAUGAGACCACUCAAUGUGCACGCGGAGGCUGUCAUCGUUGAUGACACCAAUACAAGAAGUUCAUCGCGCAAACCUCUGCUCCAGAGGAUAGCAGAAGAAAAACGGCGACGACUUUUGUCGCAUUCAAACUCACAAAUCCUAUUAAUGCUUCAAAAUAACAAUGAAUCCAAAGAUGAUCAACAAUAUGAUGAACUCAAGUCCCGACUUUUCAAUACUGAACCGGGAGUCCAUUCCACACUUUACUUGGAUCAGCUGUUCUCCACACAAUCACAGUCACAACAACCUCAGCCACAAUUGUCACCGAUAAUGGAGCGAAAAGUGGUCAGUUCAGAGAGUCCAAGUCCUCGCUCAUCUGAUCCGGGUUCUCCCGUCGAAGAGAAGGAUCCCGAAAUCCAAUUACAAGAUUCUGCCAUUUUUUUAUCAGGAGAACUAACAUUUCCUUCGAGUACCACAAUAGCACAAUCGCCAACACAUGAGACAACAUCACGUAUGUCUGGCAGCGCCCACUUGCGCGAAGCCCGAGCCCGACGACAGGCCAGUUUGCGGGCAAUGUCUGACUCUUCGACAUCGGCAGCAACAGCAGUAGCUGCUCCCUCAUCACAGCAACCACUCCAAGUAAUCCUAACGUCAGGAACCCCCACUCAUACGACGGCCAACACAAAAAACCAAGCAAUACCUGUUCGACCCAUUUAUAAAAGAGAUAUCUUCUAUUCGGGAUCAACUUUGACACUUCCGCCCAAUUCAUCUCUCCAACAAAUUGCUGAAUCCCAAGGAGUAGUUGGUGCUAAUAUCGGUCAAAGUGUGGUCUCGAUUCCCGCACGAGAUAUCAUUAACAAAGUUCAACAACAAUUGGCACAAAUGGAUGACGACGGCGACAAAGAUGCCAACGACGAUACGUACGAACCAAACAUUUGCGACAAAAUCCUCACAUUUCUUAAGCUCAAAAACAAAGACACUGAAGUCGUGGACUCGGAGUUUGCCGCUAAUAAAAACGGUUGUCUUCACAUUAAGAUUCCGCCGUCGAUGAAGAGUAUACUGAAAGAGAUGCUCGACUUUUCUCUCGUCAAAGAGAGUAUGGCUUUUACAUUGCUCUCUGUGUCCAAUAUCUUCGGAAUGAUGGGGUUUUAUGUGCCGUAUGUCUAUAUCACUCAAUUUGCUGUCUCACAUGUCUACGAUGGUGAUGAGUUAGUCAAAGCCGAUAGCGCCGCACUAUUAAUAUCGGUAAUCGGUAUUUCCAAUACUGUCGGCCGUUUGUGUUUCGGUAUAAUGAGCGACAUCAUCAACAGGAACGGUACGAUUGGAGGAAUCCGGAUAACGGCGCUCACCAUUAAUAAUAUUUGUCUGGUUUUUUGCGGGCUCAGUGUGAUAAUAAUGCCCUAUUGUGUAACAUACACAACAGUAUUGGUGUCCAGUGUUUUAUUUGGAUUUUUUGUUUCCGCUUAUAUAUGUUUAACUUCAAUCAUUUUGGUUGACUUAUUGGGUAUCGAUAGACUUACCAAUGCUUUUGGUCUCUUAAGUUUGUUCAGAGGUAUCGCCUCAAUGCUUGGACCGCCAUUGGCUGGUAUGAUCUUUGACAGCACCGACUCAUAUCCGAUAACCUUUUGUGUCGCCGGAAUUCUUCUGAUAAUAUCAUCGAUGAUAUCGUUUUUAGUUCCCAUGAAAAGUGGCGAUCAAUUGGAUGAAAAGGAUGAGCCGGACGGCGAGUGCAACAUCUGAUGAAACCAA